AUGGGUUACCCAGAGACCGCCGAGGGCUUCAUGAUCAAUAGCAUCAAGGAGUGGAGCAAGUUCACCAAGCAAGAGUUCAAGCUCAAGCCCUUCGAAGACCGCGACAUCGACAUCGCCAUUGACGCCUGCGGAGUCUGCGCCUCCGACGUCCACACCAUCACCGGCGGCUGGAGCGAAGACAUCCCGCUGCCACUCUGCGUCGGCCACGAGGUCGUCGGCAAGGCCGUCAAGGUCGGUAAAGAUGUCACGACCAUCAAAGUCGGCGACCGCGUCGGUGUAGGCGCCCAGAUCAAGGCCGACCUGACCUGCGACAACUGCAAGGCGGACCAGGAGAACUACUGCCCGAACUCGGUCGACACGUAUGGCGCACCGUAUGAGGACGGCACAAUCGCCCAGGGUGGCUACGCGAGUCAUAUCCGCGCGCAUGAGUACUUUACGUUCAAGAUCCCGGACAAUAUCCCGACGCCGCUUGCGGCGCCGAUGUUGUGCGCGGGCUUGACGGUGUAUAGCCCUCUCGUGCGUCUAGGAUGUGGUCCAGGCAAGAAGGUCGGCAUCGUCGGGAUCGGCGGUCUCGGCCACUUCGCCGUCCUUUGGGCCGCCGCCCUGGGCGCCGAAGUCUACGCGAUCUCGCACUCGCCCAGCAAGAAAGACGACGCUUUGAAGCUAGGCGCGAAGCACUUCGUCAACACCAAAGAAAAGGACUGGCACAAGCCCCUGGCCUUCACCCUCGACUUCAUCGUCAACACGGCUGACGCAACCGACAAGUUCAACCUGGCGGACUACUUCAGCACGCUCAAGGUCAACGGCACCUUCCACAUGGUCGGCUUCCCGGACAACAACCUGCCGUCGAUAAACGCGCAGGUAUUUGCGCCCAACGGCUGCUACAUGGGCGCGAGCCAUAUUGGAAAUCGCCCGGAGAUGCUGGCCAUGUUUGAGCUGGCGAGUAAGCAGGAGAUUAAGAGUUGGGUGCAGGAGAUUGACAUUAGUGAGGAGGGGUGUAAGGAGGCGGUGGAGCGGGUGCACAAUAACGAUAAUGUGCGUUAUCGGUUCACGCUGGUGAACUAUGACAAGCAGUUCGGUAAGCGGUCAUAG